AAACACAGCAGACACUCCCAUCAGGAGGCAGACGAGCGGCUCUCCAUUCACUGCAGUGCUGCUCUGCUUCUCACUCAGAAGGGACAAUACUCUCAAUAAGGCUCAAGGCAGCUCCGUGUCUGCCUUCACUUGUAAGAAGCUGACUGGGAGCUGAAACAAGCCCUCAUCCCAUCGGUUGCUCCACAGCGGAGUUUCAUCCCCAUCACCCCCUCAUCCCACUCCGGGCCUUGCGGUCAACCAUGGUUCUGUGUGAGGAUGGCGACUGCAGCGUCUGCCUCGCGGCCUUCUCGCGGACGGACAGGAUCCCCCGGGUGCUCCACUGCAGACAUACCUUCUGCGACCCGUGCCUGGAGACCAUGGCGCAGGCCAGGAACGGCCUGCUCACCGUGGCCUGCCCUCUGUGCCGCCGGGUGACCUGCAUAGGCCGCGGCCUCAGCCUUCGGGAAGCCCUGUGGGUCAACAGCAAGCUGUGGGAGCAGAUACCGGAGGGCGCGCAGGAAGAGGAAGAGGAGGAGGAGGUGGAGGAGGAAGAUGGACGGAAAAUGAGGGCUCAGGAGGAAGGCAUGGAGGCUAAACAACAGCCCUCGCUGCAGGCAGGAUGUGCUUCCUCCACGUCUGCCAGAACGAAGCUGAAGCUGCCUGCUUUCUUCAGAAAGUUCAGUCUGAAUAAGCAACAGCAGGAGAGGAUUGUUCCCGGCAGUAAUGUGGAAAUGAAAUCCUGGCGCAGGCUUUCAACUGAAGACGCCAUCUAAAAAGAGCCAGAUGGAAGAUGAUGCGAUUACGUGACCCCACUACGGGACUCGGCUCAUCAGGGAGGGAAAGUGGUGACCGUUAGGACCGAGGAUCCAUUUGUGUUCCUGUCAAGACAUUGUUUUGUCCCCGGCCAAAGGUGCCCCGUCUCCCCCAUUAUUUAUUCUAGGCUUAAUUCCCCCAGCUGGUGUAGUGGGAUUUGGUUCAGCUGUCCCAGUUGCACACACACCCCCGGACCCCCCCGGAUCCCCCCCCGUAACAGAUGGUCUCCAGAGAACGUUCCCUUUUCUGCGAUCUGCUGAACAUUGAGUAUAAUAUAUUGUUCUUCUAUUUAUGACAGCUAGUUGACAAAGUAUUUAAUAAAAGUAUUUUUGAGAAUUC